GUCCUGUCCUCUCCUCCUUCCGGCGGUAGAACCCACCAUGCAGGAUGCGUGAUUGGCACUGUUCAUCCGGUUUAGGAUGGCGUGGUGCGUGUGCGGUUUGGCUCUCUCCUCCGUCAGCCUUGUGCUGCUCGCCGCCGGCAGCUUCAUCCUCGCUGCAUACUUCCAAGGACUCGGUGAUCAGAGGGGGCAGAACACUUGUUCACAUACUUGUUCACAUCUCGUUUGCUUGUGAAUGAGUCAUCUCUGCACUGAUUGACUGUCUGUCUGUCUGCCUGCCUCAGAUGCGCUUCGAGCCUAUCGUGACUCGAAGCUGAUCUUAUCCCCCGCAAACGAGAAGAGAUGGGCAGCCAUUCCCGGUGGGAUGCAUGCACACGGACGGACGGACACACCCAUGCAUGACCGUCUGUCUGUCUGUUGUCACCAUGAAUGGGUGCAGGCGACACCAAGGCCAGCUACACCACCUACAUCUAUCUCUUCAACAUCACCAAUCCCCACGAGGUCAGAUCACGCAUGCACUUCACUUUACACACAUGCUUUUGUCUUCACCGAGUGUGUGGUUGGGUGGUUGGUUGGUUGGUUGGUGCAGGUGGUGGCUGGUGUGGCUAAGCCCCGAGUGGAGGAGGUGGGCCCUUUCGCCUUCACGACUCGGCAAGAGUACUUCGACCUGACCUACAAGCCCAGGACUGUGCAGUUCCGCCGGCGAGUCACGUAUGAGUACAGCAGAGAUGAAUCCCUUCCGCUCAACACCACCGUGGCCACCGUCAACCUGGUCAGCCAACCAGGCAGCCAGGCAGCUGCAUGGCAUCGAUUGAGAGAGGGAAGUAUGUGUGUGUGUGUGUGUGUGUGUGUGUACGUGUGUACGUGUGUGUGUGUGCAGGGUCCCUUUGGUCUGUUUUCGAACAUCAAGGCGCUGGGACAGUCGACAGCCAUCACUGCAAGUGAGAACGGCAUGGGAUGAUUAGCCGCAUGGGUGUGUGCUGUGUGCGUGUGUCUGUGUGGCCUGCAGGGCGUCCCACUUGGCAGGCUUUCAGACGGCUUGUGGAUGACUUAAACAACUCGCUUCCCCCGGCUAUGUACGGCCUGGUAGCUCCCACAGACACUAGCGAGACUUCACGCAAUCAACCACCAUGCAUCAGCUUCUCUCACCUAUAGGCCGCGAAUGCCCUCGUGAAGUUUCCGCUGGAGCUGCCUGCCCCCCUGCACAAGGCGCGUUUGGUGUGGGAUGAUGGAUGGUUCGGCCUGAACAAGGGCCUCCCUGGCUGGUCAAUGUGGUACCAGGCACUGGGCCUGGGCGAGCCGGGAUGGGGGGCCGAGCUCAAACAGAUGAUUAUCGACCACUUCGACCCCGUUGUUGGCAAGUGAGUCCAUAGGGAGGAAAGGGGAGGCAGGCGAAUGAAGGCGAAUUCGGCUUGUGAUAUUUAUUGCUGCAGGGAUUACGUGCUGAAGGUGUUCGAUCGGCUUGACAGUCUUCGCAACAGAGUGCGGGCCAUCCUUGUGCGGCACCCAGCGAUAAGGUGAGGAGCGCUCAUUCAUCCCCACCACCCGCCAUGAAGACACGAAAGCUUUUCACUUGCCUUACUUGUCUCUUUCUGUCUGUGUCUGCAGGAAGGCGGCCGGUGAGCCGCCAUCGUGGCUGCUGAAGGAUAAACUUGAGGAGGUGCUGGUGGCGCUGCAGUGGGGGCAGGCCUUCGUGUCCUCGACACCGCUGCUGCCAGGCGUCCCCACCCACCCUUCCGUCAAGGGAUACAACGCGUCCCUGCCUGUGGCGCCUGAGUAUGCCGGCAGCUUGACUGAUCCCUCCCUGAAGCUCACACUGGACGAGGCCAUGCCCCUGGUGAGCGAGUGAGGCGGCUCGGGAGACUGGCAUGAUGGAUGUCUCUCCCUUCCCUUUCUUUGUCUGCUGCGGUCGAGCAGUUGUCUCGGAGUGACAAUGGGUCUCUGUACAACGACUAUGAGUCAUUCUCUGCUCUGAUGGACCAGCAUGGCGACACUGGUGCUGUGGACGUGGUCGUCAGCAGGAGGGCGCUGCACCCCGGGAAGGUGCCGGCACUCAGCGACAAGAAGAGAGCCGCCAUGCGGUCAUACUUCGGUACGAGACAAACCGACAACAUAAAAACCUGCGGGAUCCCUCCUCGUGCUGACCGUCUGUUGCUCACCCUUCAGAAUACAUCAAUGCAGCGUUCAUAUGGCAGGCAUCCGGCCCCGGUGUGGGUGCCCUGGACGCCGUCGUCGCCGCGCAGCUCACCCAAGGCUCCCUCAUGCCGGGAUUCAUGCACUUCGCCCACCAGCUCGUCGAUGCCGCAUCGGUGCGGCGGCUGCUGGCGGACGAUGGCUGGCUCGAUGCGACUCGGCAAACCAUGCGGGCGCUUCUGAAGAAUGUGACGAGCGACCAGCUGACGAGGCUGGAGAAGGACAAUCGGUUUGGAUGGGGCUCCCCUGCCGGCCUGUUCCAGUGGCUGGAGCUCGAGCAUGCCGGCACGGAGACCAUCAAGGCCUUCCUGCAGAAUGCGAGCUCGGCCAGCGGUGCGACAGUGACAGUGGACAUGUAUGAGAGCAGCAUAAAGCCGCAGGUGUUCGCACAUGCUGCUGAGGUGACGAGACAGUGGCUGAGUUCGCGAGUGCCUGGGUGUGGGGAGGGAUGCUCUUUGCUAUCGCUGGCGGCGCUCCAAUGGGGUGGGCACACGUGAGAGCCGACACGCGGAGGGCUGGGUGGACUGUGUGGUGGCUAUCCUUGUGCAUGCCAUGCAGGCGGAUCUCACGUGACGACGGCCCUUGCAUCCGUCAACGCCACCGAGGCCCAGCGGCUGCACUACCUAUCUUCGUUUGACUUUGUGCCCCGUCGGACACGCGUACCCGAGUUCAUGGAGAUCCCCCACGCCGCAUGGCUUCUCUACAAGUGCGGCGGCGCCGGCAAUGGCGCCAGCUGCCCUUCGGUCGACCUGCCGUCAGUGCAGCGGCUCUUUUCGCUCGCCUUUGACAGCCUCGUGGCCUCAACAGUCCUGCAGGAGUUCCUCUCACUCGCCACCAACAACCGCACACAGGGGGCGGCAAGGCUCAUCGGCGUGGACGCAUCCCUCGUGCCCCUCAUCUCGUUCUCCGUCCUCUCGACGGCGUUUGACGGCGGGAUGUUCACCACCCUGACCGCCUCCGACCUGCUGGAGGGCUAUGUGGACGCGUCUUUGCGGCGAGCCACAGACAUGGGCCUCCUGGCUUUGGCUGGUACGCCGGUGGCCGAUCCUUUGCUCUGUCUCAACCCCAAUGUGACGGACCCGCCGGCAGACGAGCCGUCAGAGAUGAAGAGAGGCACUGGCGACAUUAGGGAGCUGCGGAUGAUGACGCGGUCCAAAGGCAGGGCGCUGAUUGAGCAGCAGGAGGUGAUCAACACGGGAGACGGCGGGACGCAAAGUAAGAACUUGGAGGUGUGGACGGGACCUGAUGGCCGAGCACACGUGUCGGUGUAUGGCACCGAUGGCGUACAGGUGGGUGCGCGUGCACACACGCAGAGCGGGCAAUAGAGAGAUGGAUGGCAUAGCCUCUCGUCCUGUUUGUUUUUCUUUCCCUCUCUGGCCUGGCCCAGGCGCCUCCUGACGUGUCGAGGAGUGUGCACCUGUGGGUGUAUGACCCCGACCUCAUGCUCAAUAUCCCCUUUGUUUACCAGCCCCCGCCGUCACACCCCCCGACCACAGCGCGGCGGUCAGCCAGAGCCGUCCGGCCCGGCGAUGACCCGUACGGCAUCCAGCCUCUCGUCUUCAUCACGGACACCACCUACUUCCUCGCAAACGCCUCGACGUCGCCCGCUUUCUUCAUCCAUCGCGACAAUCUCCUCAACCUCACGGCCGUCAAAAACGCCCCCCUGUUCGCCUCCGCCCCCUACUUCGCCGAUGCGGACCCCUCUCUGCGGGAAAUGGUCGGCAUGGCGCCCCCGUCAAAUGACUCCGCCGACCUGGUGACAUUCCUCUCCAUCGAGCCAUGGAGCGGCAUCCCACUCAUAACGGCCAAACGCAUCCAGAUCUCUGCUCACGUGGCUCCCCAUGUGUCAUCUGGGCUGCUGGCGCCCGCCGCGAGAGAGGCCUUCGUGCCGGUAUUCUGGAUGGAGAAGGUUUCGCGUUUCCCGACCGACAGCCCCGUGCUAACGAUGGUCCACCAGGGCGUCUACUGGAACGGCGUCCUCUCACGAUUCGCCAGCACAGGGGGCCUCUCGACGGGCGUCGUGUGCGUGGCUCUCUCCCUAAUCGCGAUUAUUGUCGGGCUGUCUGUCGAGAGGAAAAGGCGACUGGUCUCCUUGCGGCGGCAGAGAGUCGCGGAUGCGACGGAACCACUCGCAUGUGGGAGAGAAGGGGGGGAUGAGGGGGUGCCCGAGAAGCAGGAGGAUGAGGCCGGAAAGGGUGCUAUGAGGGUGGACAGCGAAUCGACGGAGGCGCAGCCAUGAUCGAUGUGAUGGAUGACACCAUCGGAUCGGCCAGCCAGAUGUGGGUGGCGUCUGAGCGUAACGCAGUACAUUUGUCAGUCGUGUGUCCGAAGAGGGCGAGUGAGGAGAAGAACGCGCUACUGAUGUGCACAAGACGAGGUGCGUGUGCAUGUGCAUGUUGAGUGCGUGGUCUGUAGUGUGUGCUACAUAAUGUGGCCGCCCAGACGGGAGGGGUCGAUAUAUAUCCAUCUUUGUUUGUGUAUAAGGGAAGGAAGGAAGAGUGUGUAGACUUUUCUCCUGGUGCGAUGCGAUCGAUGAGAGUUUGUGUAGUGGCUGGCUGGCAGUCUGUGUUUUCUUGUGGCUGGUGCGGCAUUGCAUUGCACCGCACCCGGCUGCGAGUGAGUGACGGAGAGAGUGGUCUGCAUCAAUGCAGACAGACAGACAGAUAGACAGACAGACAGACAGACGGAAUUCAUGCGGACAGAAGACAUCCAUCGACGCUCAGAUGAAUGCGGCCACAUAAUUGACACAUGACGGC